AUGCCAGGAGCGGGAGGACCGCCGCCGCCGCCGCCGCCUCCUGGUGAUCUACCACGAGGGCCACCACCCGGUGGUGCGGGCAGAGGUGCCCUUCUCUCCGACAUUUCCAAAGGCAAACCGUUGAAAAAGGCUGUUACCAACGACCGUUCUGCGCCUAUCGUCGGCGGAUCAUCAGGAGGCGGCAGGGGACCACCGGUAGGAGGCGCGCCUCCUGUGCCAGGCAUGGGCGCACCAGCACCGCCGGGGGGACUCGCACCGCCUGUGCCUGGAAACCGAGCAAGGAGCAACAGCGACCAAGGACAGUCAUCGGGUCCAAGCAUGGACGCCGCACCACAGUUGGGGGGCUUGUUCGCCGGAGGCAUGCCCAAGCUGAAGAAGAGGGGAGGCAUCGACACAGGCAGGGACCAGGACUCAUCGUACUUGUCGGACCCUGGCGAGUCGACGCUGUCGGCACCCAAACCACCCACAGACUCCGCUCCUCGACCUCCAGCAAGCGCCGCGCCCGCCAUACCGGGAGAAGCCACCGCCACCGCCCAUUGGCAAGAAACCUCCUCCGCUGCCAACGUCACGCAAGCCGUCCAACCUCUCAACCACAUCCUCGACCUCGACGCCCGCUGGACCUCCACCUCCGCCUCCACCCCCGCCUCCAGCAGCAUCUGCGCCUUCGGCACCUCCAGCUCCACCACCGCCUCCUCCCUCUUCCGCGCCGUCACUGCCUCCUGCUCCUCCGCCUCCGCCUCCGCCACCUGCUGCUGCCCCCUCGCCUCGAGCGCAACCGCCGCCGCCGCCACCAGCAUCAUCACAGUCGGGGGCUACACUGGCGGCCCAAGCAGCGAUCCGCGCGGCUGGCCAGUCCUCGCCCUCGCCAGCCCCGAGCGCGGCACCACCCGCGCCACCUCCGCCGCCCCCAUCCGCGGCGCCAGCACCACCCAAGCCGAGCUCCCCACCCCCUGA